AUGCCCCCCCCCCCAGGACCUCCGCUUGGGGAGACGGAUUUGCGCCGAUGGCGUCUCUGCGUCUCUGAUGUAGGACGGCAUGUGUGGCACUACUUGGAGACGGAAGAAGAGAUUGCCACAUGGCCUCAGACGCUGGAAGACGAGUACUGGCUUGGCCUCGACAUGGACCUUGCUAGCUUGCCGCGCGCGAGAACUGCGCUUGAAGCCGCCGAAAACGGGAUUACAUUUUACCAGAAUCUCCAAUCGAGCGAUGGGCACUUUGCGGGCGAGUACGGUGGCCCCAUGUUCCUGCUCCCUGGCCUUGUCAUUGGCAUGUACGUAACCAAGACGCCGAUCCCCACGCCCUGGAAAAUCGAGAUUGCGCGCUACCUGUGGAACCGGCAGAAUAAGGAGGAUGGUGGAUGGGGCAUUCACAUCGAGGGCCACUCGACCGUAUUCGGCACAGCACUCAAUUAUUCCGUCCUGCGCCUCCUGGGUGUCGAUGCCGAGCACCCAAUGAUGAUCCGUGCGCGCAGUAAACUGCAUGCACUUGGCGGUGCGACUGGCAUUCCAAGCUGGGGCAAGCUAUGGCUUGCCAUUCUGAACGUGUACGACUGGGAAGGCAUGAAUCCCAUCCCCCCCGAGCUUUGGCUGCUUCCCGACAGUGUCCCCAUCCAUCCAUGGCGCUGGUGGAUCCAUACGCGCAUGGUAUACCUCCCUAUGGGUUUCCUCUACGGUCGGCGCUUCCGCGCCGAGAUGGAUCCGCUGCUGGCGUCGCUGCGCGACGAGCUGUACGUGCAGCCAUACGACUCUAUCCCCUGGUCCCUGCAGCGGAACAAUGUAUGCCAGGCUGACUUGUACUCGCCUCACACACGCGUAGUCGAUAUGCUCUUUGCCGCGCUGGGCAUGUACGAAAAGGUGUGCCCUGCAUUUGUGCGCAAUGCAGGGAUUGCAGCCGCGUACAAGUUGAUCGUGCGCGAGGACGAAAACACAGGCUACCAAUGUUUGGGCCCGGUGAACAAGAUGCUCAACUUUAUUUCGCGGUGGAUUGUCGAUGGCCCCGAGAGUGUUGCGAUGCAACGUCACCGCGAAAAACUAAAGGAUUUUGCGUGGAUGAGUGGGCAAGGCAUGAUGAUGACGGGGACAAAUGGAAGUCAGUUAUGGGAUACAUCGUUUAUCGGCCAAGCGCUUGUGGAUGCAGGCCUUUCCGCCGAGCACAAACAUCAUGCACUUUGUGCCCGAAUUCUUGGCUGGCUGGAUGCGUGCCAGAUCCGCGAGAAUCCCAAGUACUACCGAUCUGCGUACAGGUUCUCGACCAAGGGCGCAUGGCCGUUUAGUACGCGCGAACAAGGCUACACUGUCAGCGAUUGCACCGCCGAAGGGCUCAAGGCCGUCUUGAUGCUCCAGGAAGAGAGCCACAAUGAGCUGGGGCGCCCUGUCUCGUGGGAUCGCCUGCACCAUGCCGUCGACCUGCUUUUGAGCAUGCAGAAUCCCGGCGGUGGGUAUGCGAGUUACGAGACCAUCAACGGCCCCGCGCUCACCGAAUGGCUCAACCCUGCAGAGGUGUUUGGAAAUAUCAUGGUAGAGUACGCGUAUCCCGAAUGCACCACGAGCGUCGUGACGGGUCUGCGCAUGUUCCAGCAGUACGACACGUACCGCAGCGCUGAGAUCGACCGCACAGUGGACGCUGCUGUUGGCUACAUCCUUCGCGCUCAGCGUCCCGAUGGAUCGUGGUAUGGUUCCUGGGCGAUAUGCUUUACCUACGCCGCCAUGUUUGCACUCGAAAGUUUGCGGCAUGCGGGCAUGACGCACGAAAACAGCGAGCCUGUGCGCCGCGCGUGUGCAUUCCUCAUCAGCAAACAGCAGACCGACGGCGGCUGGGGCGAGAGCUACAAGUCGAGCGAGCAAAAGGUGUAUACGCAAGCGCCCACGUCGCAAGUCGUGCAAACCGCGUGGACUGUGAUUGCAUUGCUCCAUGCCAAGUAUCCCCACCAGGAGCCCAUCAAGCGCGGCGUCGAGCUCAUCAUGGCUCGGCAGCGCCCCGACGGGUCCUGGGCGCAAGAACAAAUCGAGGGCAUUUUUAACCACAACUGUGCGAUUUCCUACCCCAACUACAAGUUUAGCUUUACGAUUUGGGCGCUAGGCAAGGCACAGCGUGAGCUGGAUUGGUAG